AUGGCUGCUAGUCUUUCCGAGAUAUACCCCAAACGGAAGUUGGAGUUGGAGGACAUCACCAACAGACACAAGAAGGCCAAACAAGGAAAGGAGUACUUCCACCACCCGGUACAAGAAAGACUGCCUUCGCCACUGUCCCCUACGGCUCUGUCGCUGCCUCCGCAGAAGCAUCACAGACAGAAAUCGGUGUCGUUUGAGCUCUCUCGCAACGAGCAUUAUGAAAAUCUGCCUCUCUUGACUCCCAAAGAGGAUGACUAUGUUUCCGACUCAGAGCAGCAUCACCACGAUGAAUCCAGCACGGAAUCCAAGCCCCAGCAUCUAGACAGCAACCCGGACUACGUGGCGUUGGGCGCCACGGCCGAUAUGUUGGCGGUGACGAAAUCUAAGAUCGAAGAUGACUUGGCCGAGCUCUCCGAGCUUAGAAAAGCCGCCAAGUACGAAUCCAAGCUGGCCUUGGUCGACUUUUACGUGCGUCUCAUCUGCAACGACUCCACCCCCAAUACCAGUUCCAGUUCCAGUUCCACCCGCCAGGCCGGGCCUGAACCUGCCCAAGCCCAGGAGGCCCAGGAGGGCAAACUCAACAGCAAAGCUUCCUCAGCCAGUUUGCCCCAGCAGCACCGCAUAGUGUCUGCUCCUACUGUUAAUUGGGGGAAAUACCAUAAAGGCUUGCAAAAUGCUUCCCUAUCUCAUGACUGUACGAACGAUUACGAAAAAGUGUUCAAAGGGUUGAAGAUGUUCCCAAAUUAA